AUGAAUAUGUUGGAUGAUGAAGAUGACCAAAGCUUUCACGCUACGCGUGACGGCUACUCCCAUUUGAGCGAUGUCGAAUGGGAUGCGGUUGAACGAAUGGGUUCUACCAUGGGCAUCCAUGCUGUUAGCGUCAUGCUAGAGGCUCUCAAUAGAGAUGCCCAACAUGCUACUAUCGCCAAGUUCAUUCAAAAUGAACUUGACGCUGAACGCGAGAAAGUAGCCUUGCUUCACCAACAAGGUUCUCAACAAGCAGAGUUGUUGAUAGAACAAGGUGCUCAACAGUUUGAACUGUUGAGACAGCAGCAGGCUGCUGCUGGCGGGUCGAUGCACUCGCGUCGACCCGAGACUUUGAAGAUUGACAUCUCAAAGUAUAGGGGGGUCGAAGAAGACUCCCUCUUGAGAUGGUUCGUCGAAUUGGAUGACGCCAUAAGGGCGCGUCGCAUCGACGACGGGGAUAUGCAAGCUGCAUUUUCCCAGUCAAAUCUGGCAGGACGUGCCAAGACUUGGGCACUGGGGCUCAAGCUGCACGACCCAUAUGCGUUUGGGUCGUUGGAAGUCUUCAAGUCGCGGCUCAGACAAACGUUUGAACCGCCUAGAGCUGAGUUCAGGGCUCGAACCGAACUCUUGAAGCUCAAACAGGGUAAGCGUGAUGUGCACGCUUACGCCCAACAUAUACGACAUCUUACGAGAUGUAUAAGUUCCAAUCCGGUGGAUGAACACACGUUGGUUUCGGUGUUCAUGCAGGGUCUUGCGGAUGGUCCCGUCAAGACUCACCUGUUCCGGCUUGAACUAGAUUCACUAGAACAAGCCAUUUCCAUUGCGGAGCAGGAAGAUUUCAGUCUGAGACAGGCUCGCGCCAGCUCGACAUCAUAUCGUUAA